CGUCGCUUGUUAUCACCAUAGCCUUGCAACUCAUCGUCCACACAUGAUCACCUGGGGAUUCAAGUUCCUGCGCCACUCAUGCAGCUGCCAAUCACCAUCCACGUUGCGCCAUCCGUUACGCCGUUGCGCCGUCGAGCCGUCGGGCUGCAAUCUUGCAUGCGGUGGGUAUAUUCAGCAUGCCCGGGCCUAUGGGGUUGGUCAUGCCUCAUGCCUCAUGAAUACCUGCAGUCGUGGCAGUCUCUGGAUAGCCAGUCCACGCGACCUAGACGACCCAGACGAUCCCCGACGACCUCUCGUAUUGAGCCACGCAUCCAAACGCACCGUUUCUUGUUACCCGCACAACAACUCAUGUGUGCUACCUUACCCGUGCUCCUCGUGUGUUGUGUCGUGGAUAGGUCAAGUAUCCGUCCGCACAUUCAUCUCUCGCCCAAGGAAACGCAAACCUGAUGCUGUGUUACCCUGGCCUUUGGUUCUGAGCGAAAUCUUUUGAGACGGGCCAACCAAAAUAUAGGCGAUUUUCGGACUUCUCUCAGAAGCUAUCUACUGUGACACCCCGCUUGAGGACGAGAAAAUUCUCACC